AUGAUACGGAUCUCAACCUCUCCAGCCAGCCAAAUUCGCCGGGGCUUGGUUCUUCUAUUCUUAUUGUUCUCUUGCGUCAACCUCACAGUGCAACAACGAGAUCCCAUAUCAAAUUUCUGUCGAAGAUGGGGUCAUCAGAGUGCUGUGGUUGACGACAAACUUUACAUUGGCGGAGGAUUGGUUACAUAUGAUGGUAGUUCUGGGACACCACAAAACUUCUCCAACCCCUACUUUAUCUACCAUGAUCUCAGCAAAGUAGCCAGUUCAGGCAUGCCCCAACCAUACGCGAACCUGAGCAAGAACUCGACGGUUCCCGAUAUUUAUCUCUUUGGCGGCGAAUUCAAUGGUGUGACCCCUUGGGACUUCGACCUUUAUGCUUACGAUAUCAUAAAUGAUGAGUGGGACAACAUGGGAGUCUCUAGGACAGACGAUGUUGUCGGGCUCAGUUAUGGAGCUGGUUUGUCCAUUCCGGAUCGUGGAGAGGCCUACUACUAUGGCGGAUGGAUGAACAAUGCGACCGACGCGAACUGGGGUGACGCUCCCCAGAUACCAACAUCAUACCUACUGCGAUAUGAGAUGGAUACAAACAAUUGGUCCAACGACACUGGACCUGACGAUAUUGGCCGCGCCGAGGGUGUGAUGGUUCAUAUCCCUGCCGGAGAUGGUGGUAUGCUUGUUUACUUUGGCGGAAUCAGAGCCGCCAAUGAUGGUGGUUGGGAAGGUCAACCAAUGGACCAGAUUAUUCUCUAUGAUGUUCUGAGCGGGAAAAGUUAUUUCCAAAAUGCAACGGGUGAUGUUCCAGAAUCACGUCGACGAUUUUGCGCAGGCGCUACGUGGACCAAGGACCAGUCUUCUUACAAUAUUUAUUUAUAUGGGGGAGCUGGCGAGGAGCAGGGAAGUUCUGGAUUUGAUGACAUUUAUAUCCUGACACUCCCUACCUUCACAUGGAUCAAGAUGUAUCCCGAAGGAAACGGAACUGGGGAUUACCCUCAUCACAGUUUUACCUGCAACGUUGUGAACGAGGCACAGAUGUUGAUUCAUGGUGGUUUCUUCCCCCUGACAAAUGACUGCGAUGUUCCGGACCAAUGGGGUUUACACGACAUGUCCCUGGGGCGACAAAACAAGGACAAGUCGCCCUGGAUGCUUUACGAUCCCGAACUGACUAAAUAUGCUGUCCCCACUGACAUUAUUUCAGUUGUGGGAGGAAAUCCUACUGGCGGAGCGACCAAGACAGCACCAGCCGAUGGCUUCGACCACCAAGAUCUGAAAGCCCUCAUGACGCGGACGGCAUCGGCAGGAUCAAGGACUGCAACCCGAGAUGUAUCUGGCCCUACUGAGACUGGAGAUCAUGAAAGUGGAGCGACGUUAUCAACUGGUGCGAUUGCAGGUAUCGCAGCCGGCGGAGCUGUAGCUCUUAUUGCCGUGCUCGUGACUUGUUUUUGCCUCAUCCGAAAGCAUCGACGUCGGCGGGAACGUGUUGGAUCACAACAGCCGAUGACUCAAUCCUACGACUACCAUCAUCCCCAACAUCCAUCUUUCGCCUCAAACCAACCUUCCCCUAGCCCUUGGAGUCCACAGUCAUCGAAUUUCACCCCUUCAAGCCCCGUGGGCUACACGGGCCCGCAACUUGCCCAGUCAUAUUCAGGACCUCCCGUAGAACUGCCAUCUGGGCAUCCCGAAGACUCAUCUUACGUUUCACCACGUACAGAGUCAGCUUCGGCGGUUGAACCCAAAUAUGACGCAAAUGGAAAUCUAUGGGUUCCCCAGGUGAGCAUGAUGCAGAUCCCAGACCAAGGCCAUUCCCCCGGAAGUCCUCCAUACUACGACGGCACGAUGGUUUCUAACUCAUCGAAGAAUGGGCCAGAGUAUUUCCCACCCGGUACGCCGCAGGAACUUGCAGCAGAACGUCGCACUUCGUACGUACCUGGGCAACCAGUCCACCAGACGUAUUAUCAUCCAUGACUGGUGUUUCUUAAAGACAAAACAAAAGCCUCUCCUUUUGCCGAGGAUAUAGGCUGAAUGUAUUGAAUUUUCUUAAUGUCGGAUUACGAAAGCAGGGGUUAGGAGUAUUGGGAGGGAACGGCAUAACCAAGCAAGCGGGAUAUUUGAUGGUACACCAACUUCGGCACUCCAGGGUCAUAUUCAUUCCCUCAUAGGUCAUAAAUAUAAGUAAUUGU